UAUGGCUACCCAAGGAAAUGUGAUUCCGAAAGCUGGAUUUGUUGUAUGGGAAUGGUUGAGUGAAUAUGGUCGAUGGAGGCCUUAUGAUUCUCCCGUGACUUGUCAGAUUGAAGGCCAAUAUGGAAAAGCACCACAAGUGUAUCUUGGGGCAGUCAACCAGUCGUUGUGCAUGUACAUUGUUGAUUUUACAAACAUGUGUCAAAUUCGCCAAGGAUCAGGUACAACACGUCCAGUGAGAAGGAAGAUCUAUCCCCAAGUUAGCCAUUCAGCCAAUCAGAUUGCAUGGCAGUGGUCAGGUGACACACCAGGCAGUUGGAACACUUACGACUUUGAUGUUGCUGGUGUUGUUGAAGAUUACUACAGUCGAGGACAGAAGAUCCUUGACCUGAGCGCUACCCUUCUUCAGCUGCCUUAUUAUAUCAAUCUUAGUGCUAUGCAGCAAGUGAGAAUUGAAACCGGAACAAUACGUGGAAUAAGACGGCAGAUUCUAAGUGUACCAUACCCUUUAGACACUGGAAAGGCACAAAAUUUGGUGUUGCCACCUCCGCAACUUUUAAGCACCUCCUCAUCUACCUCCAUGUCAUCAGGUGUAAACAAGAGAACAGCAUCCAGUAGUUCGGACUCCGAUUCAGAUGGCGGGCUUCCGAACGGGAGUUUGCGGCACUUACGAUCAUCAAGGAAAAAACGUAAAAGUCGUUUCCAUGCUGUUGGAUCAAGCAGUAAAACGCAGAGUAGUAGUGCUAGUUUAAACAUUCCAAAUCCAUCCAUCUCCAUGGGACAUCAGUAUAUGAUGCCUCCUGCCUCCAAUGCAAUGAUUCACGGAUUAAUUCCUCCAAGCAAUAGGGCUCUUCAACAUACAAUGAACAGCAACUCCGUGGCUAGUUCCAGCUCCAGUGCUGGUAACCAUGGGAACAGUAUGUUCAACUUGCUACCUCCGGCUCCUUCUGUAUCUUCCACCAGCGGUCAGUUAUUUCAGGGCCCUCUCACUCGGAGCAGGUACAACAAUGUGGCAUCGUCCAGUCUGGCGCCGAGCAUCAUGGUGUCGUCCACCUCGGGAUUUGUGCCAUCUACGUCAAUGUCCAUGAUGUAUCACAAUAGUAUACCAAUAGGAAUGUCAGCACAUUCACAGUUCAUGCCUUCUGCUGCAAAUAAUAUCCCACUCCAGUUAAAUGCUGGGAAGGGUCGGGGAAGCCGGAUCAGUCCGGUUGUAUCCAACAUGACUAAUAUGCUGGUGUCCCCUGCUGUGCCAGUGGCAUUCUCCAACCAGAAGGCGCCGGUCUUCCCUCCCCCAUCUGCAACCAACUCCCAGCAGCCUCAGGACAACUUCCCCUCCUCAGGCAGAAUCCUCCUCCAGAAACUACGCAAGAGUAAACCUAAGACUGCAGAUGAGGUGCUGAAACGCUAUCUCAAAGUGGAACCCAAACCUCCAAAUGAGGACUGUUGUAUCUGCUAUGAUGCGUUGCAUGAAGAGUCAAGCUACGGAAGCGCUGGAGAUGAAGACCACCAGGUUGUCUCCCUUGUCAAGUGUACCCACAUGUUCCAUCGCAUGUGUCUCAAUGCUAUGUACGAUAGUGGUCACAAGGAUGGAAGUAUCCAGUGCCCAACAUGUAAGACAAUCUAUGGUGAACGCCUUGGAAACUGUCCCCCUGGGGAGAUGGAGUUCCACCCGAUCCCUCACACUCUCCCCGGCCACCCUGACUGUCAGGCCAUCAGAGUUGUGUACACUGUCAACCCAGGAAUACAGGGUCCAGAGCAUCCUAAUACUGGCAAGAGAUACUCAGCUCGUGGAUUCCCCAGAGUGGCUUAUCUUCCUGACAAUGAGAAAGGGAGAAAGGUCCUGAAACUGCUGACAAUAGCCUGGCAGAGAAGGUUGAUGUUCACAAUCGGUGUGUCCACCACUACAGGGGAGGGCGAUACCGUCACGUGGAACGAGAUUCAUCAUAAAACAGAAUUUGGCUCAAAUGUCUCGGGGCACGGCUACCCAGACCCCAACUAUCUGAACAAUGUAACCAUGGAGCUGGCAGUGCAAGGUGUUUGUGAAGACGAUCUGAACUCUUAGACUCUGACCUUGACCUUGACCUUGUCACCUUGACCUCAUCUCCCAUACGCUCACUGUGAUGUUUGUUAUGAUAAUAGGAUGUACGUAGGUUUAGUCUGUGUUAUUAUUAUUACAAUUAUAAUUGUAAUUGUUUUAAGUUAUUUUGUCUCAUGAUUUCUGUUUAGUGAAGGGAUUAUACCACUCUUGAUAGAGUAUUUUGACUAUAGUGCUUUGUUAUGUUGUAGCCUUUGAUUUUCUUUGCUCACCUGAACUUAAUCCUUGAGUGAGCUUACCGUAUUCGACGUAAUAAGCGCCCAGGGCGCUCUCAAAAUUAGAAACAGGGAGCUCUUAUAAGAAUAUUAUUUUGGUGGAAAAAACAGAUCUGAAAGAUAAAUUUCGUGGUUUAUGCU